GUUUCUUUUUAUUUAAAGAUUGUUUUGGUAGUUUAUUUGUAUGCUACGCUACGGAGUUCCCGCUUCUCUCGCAGUUCCUUUGUCCGAACUCACGUCCUCCCCGAUCUCCAUUUUCAUUCUUCUCAAACCUUCUUUCCCCUUUUCAUCCAUUUUUCCCAUCGGAUUCUAUGUGGGAAAUGUGAUUCUUGGCUAGAUGAAAUAGCAUACCGGCUCUAGCUGCAUUCGACAUGGAGGAUGAGGAGACUAAUGAGGCAACUCAUCGAGCUGUUGAGAAGUUAGAUGGAGAUGCUUUUGUCGUUCAGAAUGAGGAUUGGGAAAAACAAUCAGAAGGGGAAGAAAUGCCAAAUAUUGGCCAUGAUGAUAUUGAGUUUUGCAACGAAAAAGAUGAUGUAUCAUCAGGGUCGUUAAGUUCUCAUCAUGUUGAGAAUAAGGAAGGAGAUGCUUAUGUUGUUCAGAAUGAUGAUCAUGAAGAAUCAAAACGGGCAAAAAGUCAAAGUAUUUCUCAUGAUGUCCUCGAGUAUGAGAAUGAACAAGAUGAUAAAUCAUCAGACACGUCAACUUCUCAAGAUAUUGAAAAUCUUGACGGAGAUGCUCAUGUUAAGAAUGAAGAUCACGAAGAAUCAAAACAGGCGAAAAGUCAAAAUAUUUCUCAUGAUGGCCCCAAGUAUGAGAAUGAACAAGAUGAUAUAUCAUCAGACACGUCAAGUUCCAAAGAUGUUGAAAAUUUGCAAGGAGAUGCUUAUGUUGUUCAGAAUGUCGAUCUUGAAGAAUCAAAACAGGCGAAUAGUCAAAAUAUUUCUCAUGAUCGCCCUGAGUAUGAGAAUGAACAUGAUGAUAAAUCAUUAGACACGUCAAGUUCCCAAGAUAUUGAAAAUCUGGAAGGAGAUACUUAUGUUGUUCCAAGUGAAGAUCAUGGAGAAUCAAAACAGGCAGAAAGUCUAAAUAUUUCUCAUGAUGGUCCCAAGUAUGAGAAUGAACAAGAUGAUAAAGCAUCGGACACAUCAAGUUCUCAAGCUAUUGAAAACCUGGUAGAAGAUGCUUAUGCUGUUAAGAAUGAAGAUCAUGAAGAAUCAAAACAUGUGAAAAGUAAAAUUAUUUCUCAUGAUGGCCCCAAGUAUGAGAAUGAACAAGAUGAUAUAUCAUCAGACACAGCAAGUUCUCAAGAUGUUGAAAAGCAACAAGGUGAUGCAUUUACUAUUCACAAUGAAGAUUACAACAAAGAUUCAAAGGAGGAAAUAUUUGAAACUAUAGAUUUUGAUGAUGGUCCCGGGUUUGAGAACAAUCUAGAUGAUAUAUUAGAUAAUAUAUAUGGGAUGGUAGAUGUAGAGACUAAUACUCCCAAGAGGAAGAUAGACAAUGUGAUUGAAAAAUGGAAAUUGGCUAAUAGAGUAGGUGUGAAUAGGGAUUUGCAGUGUGAAACUCAGGAAGAAAACAUGGAGACCAGUUGUAGUUCUGUUCCCAAUGAAAUGUUUCAAAAUGACUUCGCGAAAGAGAAGGUUGAAAAUAGAACUAUGGAUUCAUAUUCACCACAAAUGACUCGUGAAAUAGAGACAACACAUGUGGUUGAGAAGGCUGUAGCGCUUAAAAACUUUGUGAGAGAGAAAAGUAUAGUAGCGGUCUCCACUCUGCUGCGUCGAUUUUCUAUAAAAUUUGAUGAAGAUUAUGUGUGUAAUUCUGAUAAUAAACGUAAUAAUGUUUCAGAUUUAGUAUUAGGAGACAGUGAAUCCAAAGAGGUUCCUGAGAAAACAGCAGAGAAAAUGACUUAUCAGAUUGAAGACGAACCGGUAACUGAAGGUCCUCUGCGACCCAUAGCCAUGAAAGGAAGGAUUAUACUGUACACGAGAUUAGGAUGCCGAGAAUCUAAAGAGGUUAGAAGAUUUUUGUAUAUGAAAAGGCUUAGAUAUGUUGAAAUCAACAUUGAUGUGUACCCUAGUAGAAAGAUGGAGCUGGAAAAGAUUUCUGCAUCUACUUCUGUUCCCAAAGUUUUCUUCAAUGGGAUACUAAUAGGAGGCAUGAGUGAGUUAAAGACCUUAAAUGAUUCUGGCAAUCUUGAUGAUAAGAUUGAAUUCCUGAUAACUGAAUCACCAUCAUUUCAAGGACCAUUUCCACCACUUUCUGGAGAGGAUGAUGUGUCCAGUAGUGGGGCAAUUGAUGAAUUGGCCCUAAUUGUCCGCAAAAUGAAAGAAUCUAUUGUUGUGAAGGAUCGGUUUAGCAAAUUGAGAAGGUUUACUAAUUGCUUUCUUGGCUGUGAAGCUGUGGACUUCUUAUCAGAGGAUCAAUAUUUGGAAAGGAAGGAGGCUGUUGAGUUUGGACGAAAGCUCGCUAUCAAGCUCUUCUUUCAGCAUGUUCUUGAUAGUGAGAAUCUAUUUGAGGAUGGCAAUUACUUUUAUCGGUUUUUGGAUGACGAUCCAAUUGUGGCAUCUCAGUGUCAAAAUAUUCCAAGGGGAAUAAUUACUGUGAAGCCUAAGCCUAUCACAGAAAUUGCAUCAAGGCUGAGAUUCCUGUCCUAUGCAAUGUUUGAAGCCUACGCCUCUGAAGAUGGACGUCACGUUGAUUACAGAAGUAUGCAUGGAAGUGAAGAGUUUGCAAGGUAUCUAAGAAUCGUAGAAGAGCUACAAAGAGUGGAAAUAUUUGAUUUGUCUAGACAAGAUACGAUUGCUUUCUUUCUUAAUCUGUAUAAUAUGAUGACCAUCCAUGCAAUCUUAGUAUGGGGUCAUCCAGCUGGACCACUAGAAAGAAGGAGAUUGUUUGCAGACUUCAAAUAUGUUAUUGGUGGGUCCGCCUACUCACUUUCAGCUAUUCAGAAUGGCAUUUUGAGGGGGAACCAGCGACAACCAUAUACCCUUAUGAAGCCAUUUGGUGUAAAAGAUAAACGUUUAAAGGUGGCCCUCUCUUCCCCAGAGCCUCUCAUUCAUUUUGCUAUAGUAUGUGGUACUCGAUCUGGGCCUCCACUUCGGUGCUAUUCUCCUGGAGACAUUGACUCAGAAUUAAUGGAUGCAGCUCGUAAUUUCCUUAGAAAUGGUGGCAUUUUGAUAGAUUUUACUGCAAAGGUUGCAUAUGCCAGUAAGAUCCUUAAAUGGUUCAGUAUAGAUUUUGGCAAGAAUGAGGUAGAGGUUAUGAAGCAUGUAUCAAUAUACUUAGAUCCCUCUGAGUCAGAGCUAUUGUUUGACUUACUUGCCAGUUCCGAGUUGAAGGUGAUAUAUCAGCCUUAUGACUGGGGAUUGAACUGUUAGUGUGUUGUUAUAUUAAGUUUUUGUAAAUAUGACAUUGAUAUUAGUCCUAAUUAAUAUUCCUAUGAUAUAUUAGAUAUUAGCAUUAUAGUAAUUAACAUCACAUUUUA